AUGCCCCGUAAUGCCGGAGGGAUGCCAUCGUCCUCGGCGCCGCGACGGCCGCACUGGUCGUCGCAUCUCCGCCAGCUUUCUCGGACGAGCCUAGACAAGAUGUCGACCGAGUCGUCGCGAUCGCCUGACACUGUUUCGAGCAACUCGACCUUGCGCGGAGACCAUCGAGACCGAGACCGAGACAAUCGAGAUCAUCACAAUGGUGGUUUGGAGCGCAAGUGCACCGUCACCAUCAACGAGUCCUUCGCCCGCGAUGAGAUCCUCGUCAACCUCGAUCUGUUCGGCAGCCACAUCAGACCUGGCACGCUGGUUUCCAUCGAUAUCCUGAAACCCGAAUUCUCCAAGCAGCUGUCGACUGCGGCCAAGAGGCUAGCAUCUCAGGAUGGAAGCAAGAAUGGCGCAUGUGAACCCGGUCACCCAUCCAAGCGAUACAUCUUCGUGGUCAAGGACAUGCCCAGGGAAUUGAAGGCUAGGUACCCACACGUCGAGCUGUACGUUGCAAAGCAGAUCGCAGACGUCUUUGGCAUAAAGAAGGGCUCUCAGGUUAUCCUGACCCCGGUCGACGAGAACAAUCCGGCAACCGAGGCGUCUCAUGUCGAGUUGACCUUUAAAGAUCAAUACCUAUCUCGCGCCGAUAUGUGGAGGAUCACCGUUGGAGAACUCGCAGACCGCACCGUCUACAAGGGUCAGAUGAUGCUCUUCAUGGGGACUGUCAAGGCCCAAAUCUCAGCCGUGUUCGUCGAAGGGCGAAAGGUCCACUCGGCUUUCUUUGGAAAGAACACGAAGCCGAUUUUCCGCAGUGAAUCCGGUCGAUACGUGCUCUUCAUCCAGAUGGCCAAAGAAAUGUGGGAUUUCGAUCCCGAUGAUUCUGGUGAGAUCAUGUUUAACAAGGUCGUCAACGGAUUUCUGCCUGCUUUGCUCAAGAAAUGGGCAGAUCUCAACGUCAAGCAUCUCGUCACUAUCGUAUUGUUUGCGCGAGUUGAAUAUGAUGCUGGUAUCACGGCCGAGCUCGGCAAUGCCACCUUCCAUAAUGACUACUACACAGGUGUUCAGGAUUGCGGUGACAGGCGGCCAUACAAAGACUUUUACCGGGUUGUAGUAAGCGAGAUGGCCAGUGGUGAAUGGACCAAGAUCCUCUACCAGCUCAAGAAGGAGUUCAACCAUUUCCGACGGGACAUCAGCAUACACCACCUGAACGCCCUUAACUCGGCUCCCAGUCUCGCCGAAGAACCGGGCGGGAAGGCUCCCUCGACCCGGAUCAAGGCUGAAGCGUCAAGAGCAUUGUACGGAAAUGUACUCGAGGCCAUCAAUCUCGCAUCCUCCUUGUUUGCCCACGACUAUAUCGACAGAGAUCUAAGGAGAACCGGUAUUUCCAUUGUUGUGAUAUCCCCAGGCCCGGGCGUCUUCGAGGUCGAGUAUGAAACGUUGAGACGUACAACCGAGGCUCUCGUCGGCAACGGGAUCGGGAUCGACCUCAUUUGUGUACCAAAGAUACCUCUUCACUCUGUACCGCUGUUUCGUUAUCGCAACCCUGCCAGAUCAGAGGGCCAUGCAGCUAAAGGGAAGCUGAGCUUCAGUCAUGGAAGUACACCGAAACUUUCGACGCCGUUGGGCACUAGUUAUCAGAGUUUGACAGGCUCUCUUUCGCCGAACAGGGCAAGCGAUAUCUCCCAUCGAUUUGAGUCAAUAGCCAUGCGCCAAGGGGACGAUUGGUGUUUUGUCCUCCCCCAGUGGCUGCACGUGUCCUACUGGACCGGCAACUCUGACGACGCCUUGUCUUUCGAAGGGAUUGCUCUCUCUGUGUCCGAUCAGUCGAAGCACUCUCAGGACCGAUUUCCCAUCCGAUGUCGCAUGUACGAUUUGCAAAUGAGGAGCGUGUUGGAGACGAAUGAGAUCGAGACGCUGCCUCUUCACAGCGAUCCUUUCUUCCCUCAGAGCGUCUUACAGGGCACUGCUGCACAGCAGACUCGGCUUCGUGAUCUGCAAGAGCUUGCUAUAAUACCCGCUGAGAAGAUCCACGAUCCGCUGCAUGAUUACGUCUAUGGCUUCCAGAAGUUUGCUCCUGACAAGCAUGCCAAACCAGGAGAAAAAUCGCUGUGGAAACAAUUGCAGGAGUUCGACGAUUCAAGAGCAAGAGUGGUGCCCAAGAGGCGGCAGCGCCGGACGCCGAGGAUAGCUAGAGAACUGGAAGACGGAGCGAGGAGACAACACCCGGAAGACACAAGUUUGCUCGGCACAUCCGUGGGUGAGCAGAGGGGAUCAGUCAGCACUCCGGCAGUGCCGACAAUCGCCGGCCUUUCGGGUCGCACGACGCGCGACGGAUCAGACCCUCGAACACAUUCCAGGAAAAGCUCGAAUGGUACGACUACGAGCGCCCAGGUGUCUUCCUUCAAAGCGCCGAAAUUCCUCCGACAGAUCAGUCUUGGCCAGAGAGGCUUCGGUAUCGCUGCCCCAAAGGCGGCCACGGCAGAAGUCCAUGUUGAAAAUGCCACCCCAGUAAUGGGUCCUAUCACGGCGACGUCGCCGGCGUUGACGGCUUCGAAGAUCUCGAUGAAGCCACGCCGUCCUACCACACCGCAAAGCAUGUCAAGCGGCAGUUCCGGGCCUGGAGCGAAGGAUAUACCUCGAAGUGUUGCCUUUGAGUCGACGAAGGAUUCCCGUGCGCAGACACCGAGUCGUCCGAUGCUGAUCAAAAGUGCCCAACAGUCGCAGGACUUUGUACCACGGACGUUCGUCAAUGAAUCCCUUGUUUCGACUCUCAGGCCCUCAAACUUUCUCCGUAACGAUAAUCCUGAGCUGAAGCUUUCAAAUCUGCUGAGAAAGAAAGAGAGGACCGAAGACGUCGAAGAUGCUGCCCAAAUAAACAGACUUCUCGCGGGAGAUGUACCAGAACUGCCUGCCAUGCUCUCGCCAAAAACUGCCAUGUCGCCUUGGUUGACAAUGAUCAACCCGUCAAAUCCAGACACGGACAAGGUGGACAUGGCCCGGCUGUACAGCCGAUGGCAACAUGUCUUUGUCCGCCCUUCAGAGAUGAGGGUCAUGAAAUGGAAAUCACUAUGCUCUCCAGCAGCAGUGCCUCUGACCACGGAGUACUUCCCGACGAAGGAGCAGUUCGAUCGCGAGUACCAGCGUCAACCAUACAACAUAGCACAGGACAUAGAUGAUGAUGAUCUCACCGAGGAGCCAAGGAGCCGAGAAGAGUUUUUACGGGAACUUAUUAGCCUGCGGUUCUCCCAAGGAUUCCAAGUUGUCAUUGGUCCGGCUGUGGCAAAAGCUUUCGGCCAGAAGCAUGUGAAGAUCGGAGACGUGUUCUCGAGGAAUCGGGAGAUAGAGGACGGAACCAGUGUUUUCAUGACAGUUGGGAACACGAUACAUGAACUCUCAUGUGUUAACGAGACCGAAGUGGAGGUUACCAUUUACGUACGCAAGCCAACUGAGCCCACCAAGCACUCUGAUGGCUUGGCUGCAAUGUACAGACCGGCGAUCCGUACUCUGUUGGACCAGGACUACGAAACGGCUGAGAUUGACAUCAUCACACCGAAAAUGGAGAGGAAUUGGAACUACAUUGACUCUUUCAUAGCUGGGCACUACGAUGAGAUGUCUGAGAGCCUCAGGUUUUGGCGAGCCCGAUACGUGCUGAUUCCCACCACUUCUUCGAAAGACAUGUCGAACCCUCAGUAUGCGGAUAAUGAAGAGGAGGUCCGCCUCGAAGGCAUCAGGUAUCUGGCACAGCAGUGGUUGAGACACCGAUACGUGCCGCCGGGCGAACGUCGGUUCCAACCGCAGGGCCCAAGGAAUCGGAAGGACCCAAACCCGCUCGAUAUCGUCUACAAAACUGAGGAUCCUUCCGUUGUGAUUGCCGCGGAGCUGGAGACCUUGCCACUACUUGAAAGCAUGGAACCCGGCAACAGGAAGGGGCACCUUGUGACAAACAGGGAACACUUUAAGAAAUCGAACUUUAGCAUUGCAGCUCUAGCAGAGGCCAUGCAGCAGCCUGUGGAAGAGGGCGGCGUCAGACUCCAGAACCGACGUUGGCAUUUCCGCCUGCAUUACAACUGCUUCAUCGGAUCUGACAUGACCAAUUGGCUGCUGGACAAUUUCGAGGAUCUCGAAAGUCGGGAGGAGGCCGAAGCAUUAGGCGAUAGUCUCAUGGUGGAUAAGGGCAGAGACGAUGAGAAAGAUAGCUCUAAAGAGCCCGGCUUAUUUGUUCACGUUGAAAAACGGCAUACCUUCAGGGACGGGCAAUAUUUCUAUCAGAUCAGCAGCGAAUAUGCCAAACCACACCCGCCAAGCUGGUUCAAUAGCGCAAGGCGCAACCUCGCGUCCGUUCCGUCGACACCGAUAGCUGAACACCUACCUCGUGAUUCACCUCGGCCGUUGGCUUUCCCAAGGCCAGGCUCCAUUCACGAGGAGGACUCAUCAACGUCAAGUGGUACUACCCCUACCAUACCGGCUACUGACGCCAGCAGGAGACGGCCGAGGGUUGCGUUGAGCAAAAUCAUGAAGUACGAUGUGGACCCACGAAAAAGGUCGUACCGACCUGAGAGGAUCGACCUACAUUACGAUCGUCUACACAAUCCGGACAACUGUUACCACAUCCGGAUUGAGUGGAUGAACACGACAGCCAAGUUGAUUGAAGAUGCCGUAGAGCAGUGGACUCGCGACAUGGCCAGGUUCGGCCUGCGGCUGGUUGAAGUGCCCAUCGCGGAGGCGUGCGCGAUCAGUGACACCAAUCCUUUCCGGAGGCCAUACGUUGUCAAGCUGGCGGUGCCAACUCCAAGCCAACAACCUAUCACAUAUUACGAUCCGACCUCCUUCACACCGCAGGCAAAGAUGGAGGAUCACUUUUAUCAGAAAGCAAUCCUGAGGAAGCUCGACUUCGUCCUUGAUAUGGAAGCAGCGUCGAACUUCCCGAGCAACGUCGAAGUAACGUACUCCUGGGGCAAGCCGGACUUCAAGUACACGCAGUAUAUCCACCGCUCAGGCACUGUCAUCGCGCAGAUCUCGGAAGAAGGCCACUUCCUGCUCAUCGCUAACAGGAUGUACACCAACCGGGCGGCGAUGGCGGCGCGCGAGCGGGAGCUGCGCAGCGAGCAGCAGGCGUCCAUCGACCGCGGCGGCAGCGGCGGCGGGUCGAUGCGCGGCCCACUGGGAGGGGCCUUCACGCCCCUGGGGUUCGCAGGGGUGACGCCGACGUCAUCGCCGAUGCUCCGGCCGGUGGGGGCGUACAGCAGCCCGGUGAUACGGGCGGCAAGCACAGCUUCCACCAUCGACCAGCCGUUCGCCGUGCCGCAGGCGGGGAGUGGUGCGGCGACAUCCUCGUCGUCGAGGGGCCCGGGCGGGGCGGCGGCCAAUGUGAUGGCAUCGAUAGGCACGGAACCCUCCGGGCUGAAGGCCGAGUUCGAGCGGUUCUGCGGCGACGCAGCUGGGCUGGAGGCGUUUUACCGCGAGGUGCUGGAGCAGCAGCAGCAGCACCAUCAUAUGCCCCAGCCCCAGCGUGAGGCCGGCAGCAGCCGACUGAGGCCGACCACCAACCUAUCGGUCACGCCCGGGAUGGGCCCUGUCGUGGCCGACAGCAACAUCCCUACGCUGGGCCUGCCACCCGCGGUGCUUGCUGCGCAGCGGUCUGACGACGGGGCCGGAGGGGGAGGGGGAGGCGCUGCGCCCGGGAGCCCCAGUGCUGCUGCUGGCCCGAGGACGAGCAGCCCUGGGAUCAUGGGGGCUGCCAGCCAGCUGCUCAGGAGGGGCAGUGUGCAGUACAACUGA